CAGUAUUUGCCCCUUCUGGAAACACCCCCAAUGCUCCUUCCUUGUUCCUUCUACAACCUUCGAUUGCCUCUUCCUCAAGUUUCUUCUCUCUCUCUCUCUCUCUCUCUCUCACUGAAUCCGAAUAUAUUACAGCAAAACCCUAAUCAAUCUCAAUUCUCUGUUGUGCUUGUUUGCCUUCAUUUUAUGGUCAAAUGGCGAGCAGGAGAGCCACCACAACGCUCACCAAGUCGGCCCUGGCCUUGGCGUACCUGAACGCCUCCACCAGAAACUCCCUCUCUCAUCAGUGUCGCGCAAUCGCCGUCGCCGCCUCCGCCCGCGCCUUCGGCAGCUCCGCCGCUCCCUUCUCUCGCCCCGGCAUCGUUUCGGAUAGGGGAAAUGUCGCUUCGGCCAAGUAUUUGGCAAUCGCCUUCACUCGCAGCUUCCACUCUACGACUCCCAAUUUCUACUCCGCCACGAGCUCCUCCCAGGUCAGUCAGAAUGAGUUCACUGAGAUGGCGUGGGAGGGCAUUGUGGGUGCCGUUGAAGCUGCCCGAAAUAGCAAGCAGCAGGUGGUGGAAACUGAGCACUUGAUGAAAUCGCUUUUGGAGCAGAAGGAUGGUUUGGCCCGGAGAAUUUUUACCAAGGCGGGCCUGGACAACACUACGGUUCUUCAAGCAACUGACGAGUUCAUUGAUAAGCAGCCCAAGGUGACGGGUGGCACCAGUGGCCCUAUUAUGGGUUCGCAUCUGGUUGGCUUGUUGGACAAUGCCCGGCGGCAGAAGAAAGAUAUGAAAGAUGAUUUUGUGUCGGUGGAGCACCUUAUGUUGGCGUUUCAGGCCGAUACGCGGUUUGGGCAGCAAUUGUUCAGAAACCUCCAGCUUAGUGAUAAGGAUUUGAAGGAGGCUGUUAAAGAUGUUCGUGGAAGUCAAAGAGUCACUGAUCAAAAUCCUGAAGGAAAGUAUGAGGCCUUGGAUAAGUACGGGAAUGACUUGACUGAACUUGCUAGGCGGGGCAAACUUGAUCCUGUUAUUGGCCGAGAUGAUGAAAUACGGCGGUGUAUCCAGAUAUUGUCUAGGAGAACGAAGAAUAAUCCUGUUAUUAUCGGUGAGCCCGGUGUAGGAAAAACUGCAAUUGCUGAAGGAUUAGCUCAGCGGAUUGUACGUGGGGAUGUUCCAGAACCGCUAUUGAAUAGAAAGUUGAUUUCCUUAGAUAUGGGAUCAUUGGUUGCUGGUGCCAAGUUUCGUGGGGAUUUUGAGGAAAGGUUGAAAGCUGUUCUGAAGGAAGUUACUGCUUCUAAUGGACAGAUUAUACUAUUUAUUGAUGAGAUUCAUACUGUUGUAGGAGCAGGGGCUACAAGUGGUGCGAUGGAUGCUGGAAACUUGUUGAAACCAAUGCUUGGGCGAGGUGAACUUCGGUGUAUAGGAGCAACCACAUUAAAUGAGUACAGAAAAUACAUUGAGAAGGAUGCUGCACUUGAGCGUAGAUUUCAACAAGUAUUUUGUGGCCAGCCAUCUGUGGAAGACACAAUAUCCAUUCUUCGUGGCUUGCGUGAGCGCUAUGAACUGCAUCAUGGUGUGAAAAUAUCAGAUAGUGCUCUUGUUUCUGCAGCAGUUCUCUCAGACAGAUACAUUACAGAACGUUUUUUGCCUGACAAAGCCAUUGAUCUCGUUGAUGAAGCUGCUGCAAAGCUGAAGAUGGAGAUCACUUCUAAGCCAACCGAGUUGGAUGAGGUAGACCGAGCUGUGUUGAAGUUGGAGAUGGAGAAGCUAUCAGUGCAAAAUGACACUGAUAAAUCAUCGAAAGAAAGGUUAAGCAAGUUGGAAAGUGACCUGGCAGUGCUGAAACAGAAACAGAAAGAGCUCAAUGAACAAUGGGAUCGUGAGAAGGCUCUCAUGACUCGCAUACGAUCAAUUAAAGAAGAAAUUGAUAGAGUAAACCAAGAGAUGGAAGCUGCUGAACGUGACUACGACCUAAAUCGUGCUGCUGAGCUCAAAUAUGGAACUCUAAUGUCCCUACAACGCCAGUUAGAAGAGGCUGAGAACAACCUUGCCGAGUAUCGGAAGUCUGGAAACUCUAUGCUUCGUGAAGAGGUCACAGAUAUUGAUAUUGCUGAAAUUGUAAGCAAAUGGACUGGUAUACCCCUGUCAAACCUUCAACAAUCUGAAAGAGACAAGCUGGUUAAGCUGGAACAGGUUCUUCACAAUAGGGUGAUUGGUCAGAAUAUAGCUGUGAAAUCUGUAGCUGAUGCAAUUCGACGUUCAAGGGCAGGUCUCUCUGACCCAAAUCGACCAAUAGCAAGUUUUAUGUUUAUGGGUCCUACUGGUGUGGGAAAAACCGAGCUUGCAAAGGCCUUGGCUGGCUAUCUCUUCAACACAGAAAAUGCUCUUGUCAGAAUUGAUAUGAGUGAGUACAUGGAAAAACAUGCAGUUUCACGCUUGGUUGGGGCACCACCUGGUUACGUUGGUUUCGAAGAAGGUGGGCAGCUAACAGAAGUGGUUCGUCGAAGACCUUAUUGUGUAGUGCUAUUCGAUGAAAUUGAGAAAGCGCAUCACGAUGUCUUCAACAUUUUGUUACAACUGUUGGAUGAUGGGAGGAUAACCGACUCUCAAGGGCGAACUGUGAGCUUCACCAAUUGCGUUGUGAUAAUGACCUCAAACCUGGGCUCCCACUACAUACUCGAAACUCUUCGUAGCACGCAUGACAGCAAGGAGGCAGUUUAUGAAGUGAUGAAGAAACAGGUCGUCGAGUUGGCAAGACAAACUUUCCGCCCUGAAUUCAUGAACCGAAUCGAUGAGUAUAUUGUGUUCCAGCCUUUGGAUUCGAAGGAGAUCGCUAAAAUUGUUGAGAUACAGAUGAACCGACUGAAAGACAGGCUGAAGCAGAGGAAAAUUGAUCUUCAUUACACAAAGGAAGCCGUGGAGCUUCUCGGGACAUUAGGCUUUGAUCCGAACUAUGGCGCAAGGCCGGUGAAGCGGGUGAUACAACAGUUGGUUGAGAAUGAAAUUGCAAUGGGAGUCCUGAGAGGAGAUUUCAACGAGGAAGACACGCUUAUUGUCGAUGCUGAGGCGUCCCCGUCGGCCAAAGACCUUCCUCCUCAGAAGAGGUUGCGGAUCAAGAAAUUGGAAAGCAGUUCAGCUGCAGAUGCCAUGGUUGUGAACGACUGAUCGAUCGUUUUCGGUUCUUUGAAUUGUAAAUAAGUUGAAGAGAAAGGGGUUUGUCUUAAUUUUAAGGUGUUAUAGAAUGGAACAAAGUUAUCAGAGUUUAUCGAAUGGAAAUUACCGGACAACAGAAGAAUUAUGUCGAACAAACAGAUGCGGGGUCGCAGGCAGAGGCACUUCACAUGGCAAUUUCUUCACUGUAGCCGGCAGCGUAUGUCAGGUUGCUUCACCAUACGUCAUAUUUGUUUCAUAUGCGCAACAUGGUUCGACUGACGACAACAAGCGCAUAUAGUCUGGUUGACAACAACAAACUCACUAAAUGUUUGACAAAAUGUUUUAGUGAAUAAAUUGAAAUUUUUUGCA